UCAAGGAGAGUUGGGUCAUUCCUUCGUCGGGAAGGCAGGCCGGCGGUGAAGGCAGGAGGAGAGGCCGAGUGGCAACAUGCCCAGGGGCAGCCGAAGCGUGGGCUCCCGGCCGGGGGCCAGCCCAGCUCCAUCUCAUGCCCACCCUCCAGCUCAUCCUCCCCCUUCUGCUGUGGCUGCCCCGGCUCAACCCCAGCAGCCAGGCUUGAUGGCCCAGAUGGCGACCACUGCGGCCGGAGUGGCGGUGGGCUCCGCCGUGGGCCAUGUGGUGGGCGGCGCUCUCACCGGGGCAUUUAGUGGUGGCUCGGAGCCCCCCAAGGCAGCAAGCAGCCCUGCUCCGGAAGCCAGGCCACAGCCAGCCUACCAGCAAGCCCAAUACGGGCCCUGCCACUAUGAGAUGAAGCAAUUCCUUGAGUGUGCUACCAACCAGACUGACUUGACUUUGUGUGAAGGCUUUAAUGAGGCCCUGAAGCAGUGCAAGUAUAACAACGGCGUUGCUUCCCUCUUGUGAAGAACUUUUAGCACCAAUGCACCCAAAUCCAAAGGAUGUGGAAAGGAGCCAUAAACUGGAAGGGACUGGAAGGGCAAGCGACCAAUGGACAAGAAGGGAUCCGACCAGCUUGAUCAAAUCUCUUUAGUGUUAUUCUCAGCUGUAGGUAGUAAGUGAGGAGAACUCAGGGUGAAAUCCAUAAUCGCAGGGCUUUUAGGAUCCAGUUGUUACUUGACUUCUUACAGAGAGUUAUGAAAUAAAAAGGAGAUGGUUUAUUUAAAUCUAGAACUUGCUUGUAUGUUUCCGUUAAUUAAAUAUGAAUCUGUGCAUCAGA